CGUUGCUAGGGGAGGGGCGGCGGGGCCGGCGAGCCGCGCAGCAGGCAACUGCGACCCGCGCUCGGCUCUCCGGCUCCAGCUCCCGCGCAGCCUGUUGCUCGUUCCUCCGGGCCGCCGCUUCCCGCCCGGUGCCCAGGGCCAGGCGGCCCGAGGGGUGCCGGCGCGCGGGCGGCCUCCCGCCUUCCCCUCUCCCCGCCCGCGGCUGGACCCCAGCAUCUCCGGGAGCGAGGACGCCGGCCAGCCUCCCCGCGCGCCCCGGCCGGCGCGCCGAGACCCCGGGCGCCGAGCCGCGAUGAACGCGACCUUCCUGAACCACAGCGGCCUGGAGGCGGCGGGCGGCUUGGGCGGCGGCGGCGGGGCCACCCUGGGGAACCGCAGCCACGGGCUGGGCACGUGGCUGGGCUGCUGCCCCGGGGGCGCGCCGCUGGCCGCCACCGACGGGGUCCCCGCGGGGCUGGCGCCCGACGAGCGCAGCCUGUGGGUGUCGCGCGUGGCGCAGAUUGCUGUGCUCUGCGUGCUGUCGCUCACCGUGGUUUUCGGCGUGUUCUUCCUGGGCUGCAACCUGCUCAUCAAGUCGGAGAGUAUGAUCAACUUUCUGGUGGAGGAGCGCCGGCCCUCCAAGGACGUGGGCGCCGCCAUCCUGGGGCUGUACUGAGGCCGCCUGGGCCCGUCCCCGCCAGCCUAGACGCGUCCGUGUGCGGGUGAGUUGCGGGGUGGGGCAAGUUGAUGAAUCCGAUUCCCUGAGCUCGUGGGCCGGAUUUUGCAUUUGAAAAGAACCGUGGUAAUAAACCUGCUGCCGUCGGGCUUCCGGCGGCUUCCCGUUCGCAACUCUUCACGGAGUGUGUGUGUAAGUGUAAGCUGUGUUGGCUGGGGCGGGGUGGGUGCGCUGUGUACCUCACAGGCGGGUUGGCCGCCUGACUGCGGAGCCGUGGGGGGUAGGUGGGGGGCUCUUGAGACCCCACUUGGAGGAGGCCAGGAG